UCUCAUCAUACCUUUCAAGUUUCAACUUCACCCGGCAACAAAGCCACCGAAUCGUAAGUCCUAGAUACUUCGCGUUCUUUGCCUUUGAAGUUUGAACAUCAAUGGCCUCCCAUAAUUCCUACACGCCGUCUGCACCAGCUAUACCGGAGUCCUACGAGCCAGAGGACUACCGCUACCCUCAACGACAUGGCACUUCCCCUCCAACUACAAGCCUUUAUGGUCAGCAGCGACCGAGGCCUCAUCCUGUGCCAAGUCAUGUUUAUGGUGGGUACUCUUCUUUUCAGCCAGGGACACACACAGAUGUGAUUCGAAGCUUUCAAGCCGUGGACAGGGAUGGGAGUGGAUAUAUCGAGGAGAAGGAGUUGCAGCAGGCUCUCUCUUCCCAAUAUCAGAGGUUUAGCCUCAGGACUAUUAGGUUGCUUAUGUUUCUCUUCAAGAAUCCCAGUGAUCCUCUGCGGAUUGGGCCCAGGGAGUUUGCGGCACUUUGGAGUUGUCUUGGUGAAUGGCGUGCCAUAUUUCAGAAAUUUGAUAAAGACAGGAGUGGGAAAAUUGAUAUGUUGGAAUUGAGAGAUGCUUUCUAUAGUCUUGGUUGCGUAAUUCCAUCCUCCGUACUUCAAGUUUUGAUUUCGAAGUAUGAUGAUGGAAGUGGCAGGAGCAUUGAACUCAAUUUUGACAGUUUCAUAGAAUGUGGGAUGAUUAUAAAGGGUUUGACUGAAAAAUUCAAGGAGAAGGAUACGCGACGUACUGGUUCCGCAACAUUUACUUAUGAUUCUUUCAUGUCAGUGGUGAUUCCAUUUCUUUUAGCAUAUGAUUAAUUUGUUGUAAAACUUUGCUGUUUGAUUUCUUCUUCUUUUUUUCUUUGAAGUAUCUGUAAGUGUGACCAAAGUUGUGUAAGUUGUAGUAAAUUUGUGUCCUUUUUCUUGAUAACUAAAAGCUGAAAUUAUAUGAGCUGUAUUUAUUAUACAGAGGUAUGUAUUGACAUGCUUAUUUUUCAUAUAAUAAAAUCUCAGCUUUGCUGUUGGAGUAAAUUUGUGCA